UUUUUUUUCCUAGUUGACAAAGUGUUCAAAACCACCGUAUCGGUCACACGACAUUUUUUUUGUAAAUUUUAGCCUUGUACCCAUUUUUCUCAUGUGUUUGUUUUGUCAAAUAAUCUGGGCUUUUUGUGCGUGGUCCUCUUAUCUGAUUAUAUGCAGUAUAUACCUCCUCAAGUUGCGUAAUUUUAUACUUCCACCGGGCCUCCCGGUGAAAUGCAUUUUGAAAGUUAUUAACGAGGCUUCGUGCGUUUACGUUUAGUUUCUAGAUUUCUCAUGAUUCAUGCUGAUAUGAAUUUUAAAGCAUUCGAUAGAAUGAGAAAGUCCCGCGAAACCUACAAAAACCGCUUCCCGGUCAUUCUCUUCUCAUUCCGUGAUGUCAACGCAAAAGACUUUAAGACCUCUGAAUCGGCUGUUUACUCCAUAAUUCAACAACAAUUUAAAGAGCAUAGCUACUUACUCACGAAUAACUCUCUCAACUUGUUUAACUCCCUCCAAUUGGGAAUGAUUAUGAAUGGAACGUCUUCCAUUGAGACUGUCCGGAACGGAAUUUUUUCCCUUUGCGAUUUCCUCGGAAACGUGAAAAAAUUGAUAAAGGAAAACAUAGCUGUGAUAUUACUGGUUGAUGAUUACGAUACGCCUCUCAGAGCAGCCUACAUGAACAAUUACUUACCCGAAAUGUCACGUUUACUCUCCAAUGUUCUAUCAUGCCUUACUACCAGUCCAUUCGUUAAAAAAGGUAUAAUUACAGGCUUAUACAGCAUUUCAUCAGGCGAUAUAUUUCCCAAACGAAGCACCAAAAUUAUAUCUGUCUUUAAUGACCAAAAAAGACCAUAUUUUGGAUUUACCGCCCCUGAAGUGAAUAACUUACUUCAAGGAAUCUCUGGUAGUGUGGGAAUGAAGGACCUAACUGAAUGGUACGCUUUGGACUCUCCAGUCACGAAAUAUAAUCCGUGGUCGGUGUUAUACUGUUUAGCGAAUAAAGGAGCUUUGGCCCCUUAUUGGGUUCGUUCAUCCGACUCUCGCUUAGUUUCGAACCUUCUCAGUUUGAUUGGUGUGAGUGAAGCUGUUAGUUUCAUUUAUUUAGUACAAGGAGGAAUAAUUGAGAAAUUUGUACACAGGAGUGUUCCCUUUGAAGCUUUGACAUCUGAAGCAGAGUAUUUUUGGACUGUCUUAGUGCAUGGAGGAUAUCUAAGCGCCAAUUUUGUCAAGGAGGAUAGCAGCCGGAAAAUUUACUCGCUGGUCAUUUCUAAUUUUGAGAUCAAAAAUGAAAUCAACCACUGGUGCAGGACGAGGCUCUCAGAGGCGGUGAGGAAAACUACAGUGAAGCUGGCAGAAUUUGUAAAGAACACAAUGCACGGAGAGGUUGAAAAGAUAAUGGACUUCUUAUUAGAAUGCAUGCAAAAAACUGGAAUUUACUACAACUUCGAAAAUCCCGCGCACUUAGGGCGAUAUUACACCUAUUUUGCAGCUCUUUUCACUCCUUUACGUGAUCAUUACACAAUUACAGAAAAUCAGACCGAAAAGAACGUCAACAUGAGACGACGGCGCUGUUACAGCUUUGUUCUGGAACCCAAGAAUUACUCUACGGUAGGAAUAAUUAUGGAGAUUGAGGGAGCAAAUAUCAGUACAGAUAUGAAAAAGACAGCAGAGAUGGUUUUGAAACGAAUGAAGAAUGGCGAACUCCCUCCUCAUAUCCUCACGGUUUGCGGCAAAGUUUUAGCUAUCGGAAUGGCAUUUUACAGACACAAUUUUGAGUUCAGCUAUGAUCUGAUCGGUGCACAGGUGCUGUGAUUGGUUUUUCGUUCCUAAGAUAUCGCUCUACAAAUUCAGAUCUGGCACCUACUCUUCGAGUUUAGUGCUUCUCUCUUUUCUAUGAAAGGAGGAAACAUUAUACGAAUGCCUUAUCAAUUUUACGUUAAUUAAAGGAUUUUUUUUUUUUUCAUUUUUUAUCUAAAAUUGUCGAAUUUUGACACGUUUUUUUAUAUUUUUUUAAGCAUCAAAAGCGAAAAUGUAACAUUCAGUGUUGUGCAAUAUUAUUCUCUUAAGCACUUCAAUUGAGGUGUAUUUAACAAAAACCUACAAUGCAAUCUCCCUUUCGCUGUAUGAAAGUUUGACAAUCGUCUGAUUUAUUGUAAAAGGAGCAGGCGAGUUUUUACUAGCGUACUUUCUCAAGAAUGUACUACAUUUUAACAGGAGAAUUAUGACAGCAUUGUACUCAUGAAGUUUCAUUGAUUACUUCUUUUUAAAAAUUCCAACAUCUGACAAAUUUUGGACAUCGGAGUAAGGAUUGCAGCUUUUAAUUCUCGACGAUUCAAACUUCAAUCAAAA